AUGUCGGUGGAGAAUCUGUUUCCAGGAGUCGCCCUGGUGACUGGUGCUGCUCAAGGCAUCGGCGCCGGCGUCGCGAGAGGGUUUGCAUCUGCAGGAUGCCGCCGAAUCGCCAUGACCGACCACAACGCUGCCGCCCUGCACCAGACCGCGGCCGAGAUCGUCAAACUGUACCCAGAGACCCAGAUGCUGGCCAUCCCAGGCGACAUCUCGUCCGAGUCGUUCGUCGAGUCGUUCGUCACGGCGGUCGUCGACAAGUUCGGCCGCCUCGACUACUGCGUCAACAAUGCCGGCAUCAUCGGCCGCAGCGCGGACACGCUCGGCACCACCCCGCAGGACUUUGACGCCGUCAACGCGGUGAAUUACCGGGGCUGUUUCCUCUGCUGUCGUGCAGAGCUUAAGGUCAUGACCCGCCAAGAACCGCUGCCCUCGCAUGAUCCGGACCGCACACCUCAGCGCGGGAGCAUCGUCAACACGGCGAGUCAACUGGGUCUGGUCGGCAGAAAGUGUGCUCCCGCCUACACCGCGUCGAAAGCCGCUGUGAUCGCCCUGACCCGUGCCGACGCGAUUGACUACGCCACGAAGGGGAUCCGCGUGAAUUGCGUCUGCCCGGGGCUCAUCGACACACCCAUGACCCGCGGCGACGAGGAGUUCAACCAGAUCGUGGCCGGCCAGGUGACGUCCACACCCAUCGAGCGCAUGGGGAAAGUGUCCGAGGUGGUUGACUGUGUGCUGUUCCUGUCCUCUACCAAGGCGUCUUUUGUGCUCGGCCAUGCCAUGGUCGUCGAUGGGGGGGUGCACAGUACCAGUACCAAUAUCUUGACGUGUACAGCUGCUUGA